UGACAGCCAAGCGCCGCAACGCUCACCACCCACCAUGGACUUUCCAGCUCCACCAUCCCUCCUCCAGCAGUCGCAAUACUCGCAGCAUCACCACCAGCAACAACAACAACAGCAGCAGCAACAGCAACAGCAGCAGCAACAGCAGCAGCAACAGCAACAGCAACAGCAACAGCAACAGCAUCAGCAGCUACAACUACAGCUACAGCUUCAAUACCAGCAACAGAUCCAAUUCUACGAGCAGCCACAGCAUCAACAGCAGCUCCUGGCCAUGAACGGCAUGAACGGCGCCAACAUGCAGGGAGCCAUGGUUGGCGUCCCCAUACCAGCCGGCCAGGCAUCCGAGUUGACCUUUAUCUACAACAUGGUCGACACUCUCAGCGGACAGCUCGCCCAAAACCAGCGCACUCUCGAGGAAGUCAUCUCUUGCGUCGGCCGUAUUCGCGCCCGGGCGAGAUCACAGUCGCUAGGAAACGAAGAGCUGAUCAACCUGUCAGCGGAUGAAAUCAAGGCCCAAGAAGCAGACCUCGACACCUACAUAUCAGUCCUCUCAGAAGCCUUCGAGAAAGCCAGAUACUCGCGCGACCAAAACGCUUUCCUCCUCCACCAAUUCGCCGAGAAAAUGUCCUCCAUGCUCCGAAUCUUCCACGAAUACAAAGCCAAGCACGUCAGCGACGUCUCGGCCUGGCACAAGUCCUACCGCAAACAACUAGCCGAUGCCCGCGCGGAGAACUCCAGGCUCCGCGAACAAAUUUGGGAGAUGCAGGCCCACGCCGGCGCCGCGAACGAGAAGCUGAGGAAUUUCCGGAAGAAAUACGACGAGGACGAAAAGAGGUGGGAGAAGAGGGUCGAGAUGAAGGCAAUGAGGCAGGAGUUGAGGUUCUGGAAACGGAUGGCGAUGCCACACUUGGCAGAUGACGAUCCGUACUGGAGUGACGACGAUGACCUAGUGGAUGUGGCUGAGAAGCAGAGGCUGCUGGAGAUGCAAAAGAUAGCGGCUGAGAACCUGGCGGCAGAAGCGGCGCAGUUGGCGGCUGCACAUGCCGAGCUGGGAGACAUCACCGGCAACGACGAGGACGGCGGGGAUCAAGAAGGGGAUGGGGUUCCACCUCCUGCGCCGGCGCCGCCGUCUACAAUGACGCCACAUAACUUGGUGCGGUCGCUUGUGGGCGGGGUGCCGAUGCAGAGGAGUGAUGAUGGGGAUAAUGCUGGGCCUGUUCCGCUGCCGAGGCCGUUGAGCGCGGCGAGUAGUACCGGGUCUUCGGGGCAGUGAGUGUUUGCAGUUGAUGUUGGAGGGGAGUAAGGGGCGGAUAGCAUGUAUAAUUCCGUAAGAUUGAUCAGCGUGCCUUUUGAUACCACCAAAACAGAGUUUAUCGCACCAUAUAUAAUAGCAAG